AUGGCCCCAUCACGGGCACCAUUAACACGCCUGGCAACAACCCUUCUACGCCAAACCACCUGCACCCGCACCACCACCACCUCCUCCAUCCUUCCCCGCCACUACCACUCCUAUGAUCACCCCCCACCCCCCACCUCCUUCAGCACCGCCGAGCGCGCCAUCCUCUCCUCCGCCUACAACCACGUCCCCGAGCAUGGCUUCACCCAGCAUGCCCUAGCCCUUGGCGCCCGCGACGCCGGAUACCCGGACAUCAGCACGAACGUCGUGCCCGAGGGGCCGUACAGCCUGAUCCGGUACCACCUGGUGACAAAACGGGAGGCGCUAGCGCCGUGGGCCAAGGCCAUUUUCGGCAGCGAGGGGGGGCAAGGGGAGUUGUUGAAGGUGCCCGAGAAGGUGGAGAGAUUGGCGUGGGAGAGGUUGGUAUCGAAUUCGGAGGUUAAUCAUCGGUGGCAGGAGGCCCUGGCCCUAAUGGCCCAACCCUCCCAUAUCCCCUCCUCCCUCCACGAACUCGCCCUCCUCGCCGACGAGAUCUACUUCCUCUCCGGCGAUACAUCGGUCGACCCAUCCUGGUACACGAAGCGCGGCACUCUCUCCGUCAUCUACGCCUCAUCGGAAUUAUUCAUGACCAAUGACCGAUCUCCAGGAUACGGCGAGACGCGCGCCUUUUUGCAGCGGCGCCUCGACGAGACGAGCACCGUAGGCGGUGCCUUGGGCAGCGUCGCCCAGUGGGUUGGGUUUACGGCGUCGGCAGGGGUGAAUGUGUUGAGGAGUAAGGGUGUUAGAAUAUAA